AUGGCGCUGGGGCUGCACACGGCGUGGGUGGAGGACGCUGGCGGCCAGGUGGCGGGCGAGGAGGGCGUGGAGGUGUCCCCGCUGCUGUCGUAUGCCGGGGAGGGCCUGGAGCACGCCGUCGCAGGCGUCACCUUUGAGGAGCCCUACGACCCCGCACUGCAGACCGCGGGCGGCGCCGGCGCCGGCGGCGCGCGGCCGGCGACCAACGUGGGGCCGUGGGUGGUGCCGCUCGCGAUCACGUACGUGGGGGUCCUGGGCCUGGCUGUUGCAAAGUCGGUGGCGGGCGCAGCCUCCAACAAGUGA